AGCUCGCGAGGGUUUGGGACAGCGUCACUGGAGCUCAGAGCUCCGAUCAUCAGCUGCUCUGUCUCUGUCUCUGUCUGGAGCUCACUCACACCGAGCUGAAGCUGUGACUCUCACACUCUACAGCACACACAGGAGGAACUGAACACCUCCAGAGACCCCUACAGAUAUGGUGGACACGCAGACGUUUGCCUGGCCCAUGGGAUUCGGCCUGAGCGCUCUGGAGCUGGACGAACUGGACAACAGCUCACACUCCACGGACAUGAAGCCCGUCUCCACGCUGGACUACAGCUCCAUCUCCAGCAUGGAGUAUGAUCCGAGCCCGGCGCAGAGCGAGACGCCGCACAUGAUGGACCUGACACACAUGUACAGCUUCAGAGCGCAGGAGAACUACAGCAUCUACACCAGCCAGGAGAACAGCUACAGACCACACAAUUCAAUCAAACUUGAGCCCGAGUCUCCUCCUCAGUUGGAGAACAGUGUGUUGUUUUCGAGAGCUCAUGAGGACGCGUCCAGCUCGGCGCUGAACAUCGAGUGUCGUGUGUGUGGAGACAAGGCCUCGGGCUUCCAUUACGGCGUUCACGCCUGCGAGGGCUGCAAGGGAUUCUUCCGCAGGACCAUUCGUCUGAAGCUGGUCUAUGACCACUGCGACCUGCACUGCCGCAUCCACAAGAAGAGUCGCAACAAGUGCCAAUACUGCCGCUUUCAGAAGUGCCUGAUGGUGGGCAUGUCACACAACGCCAUUCGUUUUGGUCGAAUGCCGCAAGCCGAGAAGGAGAAGCUCUUGGCAGAGUUCUCCACUGACGUGGACCACAAGCAUCCCGAAUCUGCGGACCUCCGAGCACUGGCCAGACAUCUGUAUGAGUCCUAUCUGAAGUACUUCCCCCUGACCAAAGCCAAGGCCAGGGCCAUACUGUCAGGGAAGAGCAGCGACAGUGCACCGUUCGUGAUUCACGACAUGAAGUCUCUUCUGGAGGGCGAUCAGAUGAUCAACUGCAGACAGGUGCCGUCGCAGGAGCUGCGUGUCAUGCACGAGGUGGAGCUGCGCUUCUUCCACAGCUGUCAGUCUCGCUCGGCCGAAGCCGUCAGCGAGGUCACCGAGUUCGCCAAGAGCAUCCCGGGCUUCAUCGGCCUGGACCUCAACGACCAGGUGACGCUGCUGAAGUACGGCGUCAUCGAGGUGCUCAUCAUCAUGAUGGCUCCGCUCAUGAACAAGGACGGCACGCUCAUCUCCUACGGACAGAUCUUCAUGACCCGAGAGUUCCUCAAGAGCCUGCGCAAGCCCUUCUGUGAGAUGAUGGAGCCCAAGUUUGAGUUCUCCGUCCGCUUCAACACGCUGGAGCUGGACGACAGCGACAUGGCUCUGUUCCUGGCCGUCAUCAUCUUGAGCGGAGAUCGGCCGGGUCUGCUGAACGUCAAGCCCAUCGAGGACCUGCAGGAGACUGUUCUUCAUGCUCUAGAGCUGCAGCUGAAGAUCAACCAUCCCGACUCUCUCCAGCUGUUCGCUAAAGUGCUGCAGAAGAUGACGGACCUGCGUCAGCUGGUGACCGAUCACGUCCAGCUGAUCCAGCUGCUGAAGGACACCGAGGUGGACUGGAGCCUGCACCCGCUGCUGCAGGAGAUCAUGAGGGACCUGUACUAGUCCCUGAUCUGAUCACACACUGUCCAGACAA